UGCGUUAAAAACAAGAGGUGUUUAAAUUACAGUUGAAAUAAGUUUGUUGCAAGGUGUAUGUAUGUACUUCCGUCCAGAUGACAGAUUAGGAAAUCUAGUAGCAAUAUUCCCAUUCCGAGAUUUUUACACCAGUGGUGAUGAAGUGUAAAACUAGAGAGGUGAAGUAAUAUUUGGAAAAAAAGGCAUUUAAUCUCAAAGAUUUUGUUAUUGUGUAAUACGUGUUUUUCUUUAGCAAUAGUAUAUCCUGUGCUGCGGAGUAGUUGUACGGCUGGUUCCGGAUUCUGGACAAAAUAGUUCGUUCAGAAUAGUUCUGAAGGGAAUAAAUGAUACGAAUAAAUUAAUAAAAAAUGCUUAUUUUUUUCCUUAUGAUAUAAAGCGUUACCACCACUGGCUCAGCUGAACAGGAUUGAGGGAAAUGUGGCCACUCUCUGAACCAGAAAAGAGAUUAAAUGAUGCAUAAUGUUUUGUCAGUUAAACAGUAACAGACAAAGAAAUGCAUCAGCCUUUGGCCCUUCCUUCACGUUCAGACUGCACACUUAAGGUAUGCUCUGUCACUGAUGGCAACUCUCGCAUCAAGACCCUUGCAGAUUCAUGUUGUAUGUCCAUAACAGCUGACAGAGAUCAUGGCUGCCACUGUAAGUCUGGAGCUGGACCCAAUCUUUCUGAAAGGCCUUGGAUACCUGCAUUCCAAAAGCAAGGAUUCAGCAGAGAAAUUGAAGGCACUGCUAGAUGAAUCCUUGGCAAGGGGAAGUGAUUCAAACUAUCGGACCACGCUCAAGGAAGUGGAGGUCUCCAAGGUGACCGUUCCGAAAGUGAGCUUGAGCAAGCAGGAGACAAAAUCUUCCUCUAGCUCCUCUUCCUCAGGCAGUGGCAAUGGCAAGUCAAGCAGCUCUGAAAAAAGCAAAAAAGAGAGUGAGAAAAGAACAUCGGAGAAGGUUAAAGUGGAUCCCGUUGAUGCAAUUGACCCACCAAAGAAACCUCGCCUGGAGAAGCAGGAGAAUAGAUCGUCUCCCAUCACAGUUCAAACUAGCAAGGACCUCCCCAUUCCUGAUUUGUCCAGCUUUGACGAGACGAGUGCCGAUGAUUUUGCUAUGGAGAUGGGUUUGGCUUGUGUGGUUUGUAGGCAGAUGACAGUCACCUCAGGGAACCAGCUUGUGGAAUGUCAGGAGUGUCACAAUCUUUAUCACCAAGACUGUCACAAGCCACAGGUGACAGACAAGGACGUCAACGACCCACGUCUGGUGUGGUACUGCGCCCGGUGCACCAGGCAGAUGAAGCGCAUGGCACAAAAGACUCAAAAACCUCCACAGAAACCAGCCCCUGCUGUGACCUCUGCUGUCCCCGUUGUGAAGGACACUCUGGUGAAGAAGCCAGAGGUCAAGCCCAAGCAGGACACUGCCAGCACAUUCCAGGCUUUUAAGAGAACAGAAGUUAAGGCGUCCACUGCGGUGUCGGGAAACCCCUCCGGCAACAGCUCGUCCCUGCCUGCAGCUAGUGGUUUGACCGGAUGGGCCGCCUUUGCAGCGAAGACCUCCACGGCUGGCCCAGCCAGCACGAAGCUGGGAUCCUCCACGCCGAGCACCAGUGGGAAAUCCACCUCUGUGACCUCCAGUCAGAAGCCGGCGGUGGGACUGUCUGGGCUGGCCAGCGCCAAGUCGGGACUCGGGUCCAAAAUGGCAGCAGGCAACGGCAACGGCAACAAUGGCUCCACCGCUGUCCCUCUCAAGCCCCCGCCGCCCCUGACUUUGGGGAAGCCAGGCCUCAACCGCUCAUCCAGCAGUGACAGCGUCAAUAAGGUGGGCUUGGCGGGGCCCAGCAGCAGCCCUGCGGCAAGUACAAGCCAGGCUGGCAGCAGUGGUAAUGGGGGAAGUGGGAGCAAUGGUGGGAAUGGUGGGGGCAGCAGCAGCAGCACCAGCAGCACCAACAACAACAACGGAACAAAAGCGUCUGCUGACCCACUGGCUGGAGGGAAAGCACCCACCUCCCAGGAGUCGCAGCUGAAUGCCAUGAAGCGCUUGCAGAUGGUGAAGAAGAAAGCAGCGCAGAAGAAACUGAAAAAAUAAGAACACUGUUCCAGGUGGAUUAAAUACAAGCUACACUGCCUCAGAGUGAGAACGGAAGAAGGCACGUGUAGCUUUUGGAUUUUCUCCACUACGCUUUUUUUUUUAAUAGAAAAACAAAAUACUUGAAUUCUUCACUAUAUAUGCUGCUGAAAAAUCCUAAAUGGUAUUUCAGAAAUACACGUGGAAAUAGUGUGCUCCACUGCAUUGCAGCUCAUCCGAUCACUGAGUACAGUUCUUGUUGUCCUCUCUCAACAAGUUGUUGUCAGUGGAAAGGAAAAGGUUUUUGGGGAAAGCAAAUAAAAUUGAUAGCAUUUGUUAACUGAGUUCUGCGUUUAAUUUCUGUUCAAACCAUUAUAAGAACUGAGAAACCAAGACCUCAUUUUAGAUUGUACAGAUGGACUUUAUUAUUUUUAUGAUAAUUUUUCUAUACGUUUUCCAUUUCCCAGCUUCUUAAUUGUAUUCCAGCUGUUCUCUGCACCUAACUAAGCAGCUGUUGCACUCUAAGGUAAUCAGCCAUACUGAUGUUGUGUGGACUGCAGCCUAAAUUUAUUCCGUAUGAUUUAGGUGAGACUUCAACCUAAAAUUUUAAGGACCUUAACUUGCACCUGGACUAGACUAAAUUGUUAAAUUGUGCAUUUCCUUGACAUUUUAAACCAAUCGGGUAGGAAGACAAAAACAAUGUCACAUUUUAUUGAUAAAAUCUUACAGUUGCACAUAUGUCAAGUCUGUUGUAUCAAUCUUGCAGUUACUUAGGUGAUUGUUUACUAGUUGUUUUACACAUUUUCUUUCAGAAAUCUUAAGCCAGAUAGUUCACCCCAUUGUCAACAGAUGCUGGUGUAGUUAAUAAAAAACACUGUUAUCUUUG